AUGAAGCCUUUUGAGUCUCUGCAGCUUUUUCUGUCUCCCAAGCUUGCCUAUGGGCCCAACGGCUUCAAUGGAUUUGACAAGCCUGUUGGCCCGUUUGCUGCAGUGCUGCUGCAGCUGCGGCUGGAAGGAGUGAGCCCGAGUCAGCUUGCUGCUGCGGACUGCGCAGCUGCUGCUGCUGCUGCUGACGCGGCCUACGCUGCAGCAGCAGCAGCAACUGAGCAAGCAGAAGCAGCACUUCAGCGUCAACUCAGAGAUGAGCUCUAG